AUGGCUAACAGUGUGACCGUCAACAAAAAGACUACGAAGCAUACCUUCUCUUGCAGUUUCUACCGUGAGGAUAUAACACCUUUGGUCCGAUUGAGCACCCGAGUUACUGGGCAAAAUUUGGAUGAAUUCAGAAAGACUUAUGGCCACAUUCUGCUUAUGUUAAUUACUCGUAUUGAUGAGUGGGGUCUCUAUACUCUUCUUCAGUUUUAUGAUUCUGAGCUGCGCUGCUUUACCUUUCAAGAUUACCAAUUAGCCCCUACUCUCGAAGAGUAUGCACACAUUCUUCAAAUCAAAGUUCAACAUAAGGUUCCUUUUGUGUGUGCACCCGAGAAGCCCAAAAUGGAUCGCAUUGCUGGUGCUCUUUAUUUGAGCAUGAAGGAUGUUAAGGAUAAUUGGAAGCCUAAUGGUGGGACCCAUGGAUUCUAUGUGAAAUUUCUGAUGAGGGAAGCUGAAACCCUUGCUGAUAAGGAAAAGUGGAAAGAAUUCAAUGCUCUCCUGGCCGUCAUGAUCUAUGGAUUAGUGAUGUUCCCGAAUAUUCCAAAUUUUGUUGAUCUCACUGCCAUUUGUCUCUUCAUGGAUCAAAAUCCUGUACCCACUCUGUUGGCCGACACUUAUUAUGCCAUCCAUUCUAGGUAUGGAAAAAAGGGAUCAGUUGGGGGUUGUUUGCCAAUACUGUACGAAUGGUUUUCUUCACAUUUGCCUAAAAGCGGAGCAUUUGUCACUACAAGAGAUUCACAAAAGUGGCCCCAAAGGAUUAUGGGACUUACUGCAAAUGAUAUUGUUUGGUAUCACCUCCGAACGGACAUCGAGCAAGUUAUAACCAGAUGUGGAAGUUUUGGCAAUGUUCCUCUCAUAGGGACAAAAGGAGUUAUCAACUAUAAUCCGAAGCUAGCACUGCGCCAGUUGGGUUUUGUACUAAAGGACAAGCCUUUGGAUAAAGAGAUAUUUGAGUCCGUUUGUUUUGAAAAAGGAACCGAUCUAGAAGGUUUGGAGAAAGUAAGGAGUGCGUGGAACAAAAUUCAUACAGAAGACCGAACUACCCUGGGGGGAAAGAAUGCCAUUGCUAAGAAAGCUUAUACUGAAUGGGUUGAAGAAAGAGUCAAGGAGCGUCUGUUGCCUUUCCCGAAGGUUAGCCCUCUCUAUGAACAACCACCUGAGAUUUUAACUGCCACUGUACCAGCUGAGGAGUACAACCAAGUACAUGUGGAGAAUAUCAGGCUGCGAGAAAAAAGGGAGGACGCUAAAAUAAAAGUUCAAAAAAGGGCCAGAACUGAAAAGGGUGAAAGAGCUACCACUGUUCGUAUUGAGGACCAUCAAAGGGUUAUAGAAGAAGCGGUAAAGAAAGCAGAAGAAAAGCUCAAGCAAGAGUAUAGAGAAGAUUUAAGGGCUCACAAGCUCAGAGUAGAGAAAGAGGCUAGGGCCGAGAUAAAGGGUUUGAAAAAGAAGCUGGAAGAGGAAACCACUCAGAGG